AUGCAGUUGUUAAAACAUACUUAUGGUUCCCGUCUUCCACCACAUAAAAUAUAUAGAGAACUGUUUAAUAAGGAGCAAGGCGAUGAAAGCACGGAUGUAUUUGUUUGUAAAGCAACAACCCUGCUAGCACAAUUACCACCAGGCACGUUAGCUGAGAAUCCUGUACAGUUAGACAUGGUUUAUGGACUGCUGCAUAGGAAAAUACGCGAAAAGGUAGUCAGAGUCUCCGUUAUGACAUUUUCAGAGUUACUUGAAAAAGCACGUGCUGUAGAGGACCUUUUUGAAGAAAGACGAAUGAGACCACAUAUGCGUCAGCAGAUUUCCUCUAAUAGAUCAUUAGCUGUAUCUUCAUCUACCUCUAAUAAUAAUCAGGCGCGAAUAAAUGCGUCUGUUGCAACAAGUUAUAGUGGAAAUAAUAAGUUUAGACCUCACUGUGCAUACUGUAAGAAAUAUGGUCAUGAUAAGGAAACAUGUCACAAACGGCCACAAGUUAAAAUGGGUCAACAAAAAAAGGACAUAAGUAACAAUGAAACAGGUGCUAAAGGUACUUCAGUUGUUGUUUGGUUGAUUAACUCUGAACUUGAAAUUAAAUUAGCUGAUGGUUCAGUUUGUAAUAGAAAUGUAGAAAUAGCUACUGUAAAUGUUGAUAUUUGUGGAAUUGUUGUCUCCACAACUUUCGUUUUAUUACCAGGUAUCAAGGACACAUUACUUGGCAUGAAUUUUAUUAAAGAUUCGGGAAUGGUUAUCGAUCUAAAGUUAAAUAGAUUUUCAUUAAGAGAUGUAACAGGCACAUAUUUUCCGGGAAAAGCCACUAAAUUUGCGGUACAUCGUAUUAACACGGGAGACUAUGCACCUAUUGAAGUGCCGCGUUAUCGAUUGACUCAUGCGAAAAAGGAAAUAGUACGCGCUGAACUGAAUUAG